UCUUACUCCCUUUGGCAUUUUACACUUUACUAGUACAAUCUUUCUCUUUUUUUUUCCUUAAAAAAAUAGCAAUUCAAAAAACAGUUCAAGUGUUCAUCAUAUUUGGGCAUGCAAGACUUUUCUGAAAUUUUUUAAAUAAUAAAAAAGCCCAAUAGGGGAAAGGAGGUUGUGUCCUCCUGAUCCACAUUUUUACAUUUUGGUUAAAAAGUCUCUAGAGGGUGCAAAGUGACCCCCUUUGUCAUCGGAAACAAAUGGGAGCAUUCUGUGUGCCACUGUCCGCAACCACAUAGAUAUGUUACCCAAGAGAGCUCAUCAAGUCUUCAAACGUUAAGCAAGCACGACGUGUGUAAGGAACCAUAUUGGGGAAGGAAGACGCCCCUUACUCUGCAGAAGCUUAGAACCCAGGAGCUCAUCCCUUCAAGGAAUCUACAGCUCCCAGACAGAUCAUAAUAUUAGAUCUACCAAAGCCCGCAGGCCAAGAAGUUCAGGAGAGAAGGAAGUCAUAACCACCUUGGAAAAAUCUCUACUUACUUUAUCAGAACUCAAAGGCCAAUUUCUCACCUCCAGCUUUCUUCACUAGUGCCUAUUGACCAGCAUUUGGAGGACCAAGCCAAGAGUAAAGCUAGGGUGGCAGAGGCCAUUAAACAAAUAAUAAUAAUAAUUGCAAAGGGCAGAGCUAAAGAAACAUGUGAGUUUCCCCUGAGCACCCAAUUGCGUGACUGAAAAAAUGGAUUAAUUUGUAUUUCUAAUGGAUAUUAAAACAAGAAUCAGGUGAAUAAGCUAAAACAAAUUUAGGGUCAAGCAAAGCAAAGUGUCAGGCAGUGUGUUUUCCUUCCACCCUCAGAGGCAGCCUCUCUCAUUUGGUUCUUGGGCUCCUUCAUAAAAGGAUUCUGUGUAUUUUUAAUGGCCUCAGGUUCUGGGAGGCUCAAGCCACCUAGCCCAUCAGGAGGCCUGGCCCCAGGGAUGGGUCUGAAAAAUGGGCGUUGGAGAGUUAAAGCAGGGCUGACUCCACCAGACUCGGUCAAGUUCGGGCCAAGCACGUUGUCCAUCCACUGGGAGAUGAAAAGGGAGAGAGGAAGGCAGGCCCUCCCACUCACAGGCCACCUGGCAGCUUUACUAGGCACUAUCCUCCCUUUAGGCAUAAGUGAAGUAUGUGAUGGGCAUCAAAGGUGGACAGGGGAGUCAUUCUCACUAAUUCCAAGAAGGUUUUAAGGGCUCCCAAGGCAGGCAGUCCCAGUCACUGUUUGAAGAUUCCUUUGGGGUGGGAGGGUGAAGGUGGGACGGAGGGCGGGGCCGUGCCUUGAUGAGGGGAGAUGCUUUUAAACAGCUGCCUUUCAAAAACCGUUAUCUCUGCUUCUCUGAGAAGCACCCAGCUGUUGUUUGUCCUUCAGGACGGCAAAUCCGGUUAUUUGUCUCUCUAUUCCGUCAUAUUAUAAAGUAAUGAAUGGUCCAUUAAACUAAGUUUGGGCGCCUGGUUCCCCACAGCCACCUCCUCGCCGGUACCCUCAGCCGGGGAGGCCGUAGGCGCGGGCUGCAGCCUAGCAGCCUCAGUCCUCCUCCCUCCACUCCCUCCCCCUCCUCCCUCCCUCUCCAGCACCCCCUCCCCCCGGUUAUUUGGGAGAUUAGAGUUCAUUAAUUAAAUCCUGUGCUUAGAUCGAACUGUAACAUUAUUCCAAUCACAUUUAUCUUGCAGGCGGCGGCGGAGAUGGCAGCCUCUCUGGAAACGCGCGGGGGAGCCUGAGCUGGCGGCCGGGGACGCACGGCGCUGCGCGCUCCAUCGCCACGCCGCCGCGCAGCCCCUCCAUCUUCCUGCUCUGAGCUCGGCCCCGGGCGCCCCUGUCUAGGGGGUCCCGUUCCUCUCCAGGGCUCCUGCCUGCCCCCACCCCCGGCCCUUGCCGCUCCCCCCCACCGUCCGGGUCCCCCUCCUCCGCCACACGCGCUCACACGCCGCGCGCGCGCGCGCGCACACACACACACACACACACACACACACACGCCAGCGAGCUGCUGGCCGCUCAAUGGACCGAUUUCCCCGGUUUCCCUGAACCCAACCCAGCCCGGGAUGAGAAACUGCAAAAUGGCCCGGGUCGCCAGUGUGCUGGGGCUGGUCAUGCUCAGCGUCGCCCUGCUGAUUUUAUCUCUCAUCAGCUACGUGUCUCUGAAAAAGGAGAACAUCUUCACCACUCCCAAGUACGCCAGCCCGGGGGCGCCCCGAAUGUACAUGUUCCACGCGGGAUUCCGGUCACAAUUUGCGCUGAAGUUUCUAGACCCGUCAUUUGUGCCCAUUACGAAUUCUCUCACCCAGGAACUCCAAGAGAAACCUUCUAAGUGGACAUUUAAUCGGACAGCGUUUUUGCAUCAAAGGCAAGAAAUUCUUCAGCAUGUCGAUGUAAUAAAAAAUUUUUCUUUGACCAAGAAUAGUGUUCGGAUUGGACAACUGAUGCACUAUGAUUAUUCCAGCCAUAAAUAUGUUUUCUCUAUUAGCAAUAACUUCCGGUCACUGCUUCCAGAUGUGUCACCCAUUAUGAACAAGCAUUAUAAUAUUUGUGCUGUGGUUGGAAAUAGUGGGAUCCUGACAGGGAGCCAGUGUGGACAAGAAAUAGAUAAAUCAGAUUUUGUUUUCCGUUGCAAUUUUGCCCCUACGGAGGCUUUCCAAAGAGAUGUUGGAAGAAAAACCAACCUUACCACCUUCAACCCCAGCAUCCUGGAAAAAUAUUACAACAAUCUCUUGACUAUUCAGGAUCGUAACAACUUUUUCCUCAGUUUAAAAAAGCUUGAUGGGGCCAUUCUUUGGAUCCCUGCAUUUUUCUUCCACACUUCAGCAACUGUGACCAGGACAUUAGUUGACUUUUUUGUUGAACACAGAGGUCAGUUAAAAGUCCAAUUGGCUUGGCCGGGAAAUAUAAUGCAACAUGUCAACAGGUACUGGAAAAACAAACAUUUGUCACCUAAACGACUGAGCACAGGUAUUCUUAUGUACACCCUUGCGUCAGCAAUAUGUGAAGAGAUCCACUUGUAUGGAUUUUGGCCUUUUGGAUUUGACCCCAACACGAGGGAAGAUCUUCCAUACCAUUACUAUGACAAAAAAGGAACCAAAUUUACCACCAAGUGGCAGGAGUCCCACCAGCUGCCUGCUGAGUUUCAGCUGCUGUACCGAAUGCAUGGGGAAGGGCUCACCAAGCUGACUCUGUCACACUGUGCCUAAGAACUCCGAACGGAAAGUGCCAAAUGGCUGUUUAAAAAGUGCCCCAAAUCAAAUUGAAUAGUCUUCAGAAUAGAACCCUAGAGAAUGUUUUAUAAGGAUUGUCUGCCAUUUAAAGGGAAAGAUGUCUUUUCUCUUUUGCACUGCUCUUUUAAGAGUUUUAGCAGAUUUAGCAGGACGUGCAUUGAAGCCACAGUGGUUUAGACUUGAUUGAUAAAGAGAUUGUUGCAUUUGGAACUAUGCUGCUAAUGAAAUGGUUUGAAGUAUUUUCAUGUUUAGAUUUUAAUAAUAAACUGCCUCUCAUUUUUAUGAGGACCAGAGCUAUAGUUUCUGCAGCUCUGCUCAGAUACAGUCCUCAUAAUCAGAGGCCUCUGGCCAACUGGGGCAGUAUCUGUUUUCCUGGUGGGAUCAGACUGUGAAAAAUGGAAAUGUAAAAAACUGGUUUGCAUAUCUCAUCUUCUAUCUAUCUCCCUAUCUCUAUCUCUAUCAUCAUCCUCUCUCUCUCUCUCUCUCUCUCUCUCUGCAACCACUCCCUGCCCUACCACCAUGGAAUUUAAUAAUUUGCUAGGAAUCCUAUUGAAUUCGCUUUGCUUGUAUGUGUUGCAUUUGUAUUUGAUGUGUUUAAGGUUCUGGGUAACUUUGAUGUUUCAUGACAAAAUGAGCAAAUCAUGAUGGACCCCCUUGUAAUUCCUUUUUUUAAAAAUGCCUCUGAUGCAGUCCUCACUAGUCCAUUCAGUCGUUCUACAGCAGUGUAGUCCCUCUGUGGUGAGUGGGAUAUAAGGCAGUGCAUCUUUCAUGAUCAUCAAAGAAAGGCUAGGUCAUGGGUGGCAUUGCAUCUCUUGACUUAGGCAUUAUUAUGGCAAAUGAUAGCACUGUGGCCACAUCUCAAGGCCAUUCCAGCCUAAAUUUAGUGCCUCCCAUGAUCCCAACCCAUGCACUGGGCUGGGUCUUGUCCCAGAAUAUAGAGGCAAUGAAUCAGCUUAAGACCCUGGGACACAUAAAGAAAAAAGAAGAAUACUUAGAAGUUGUUAUGGAAUCUGGUGUACCCUAAAUUAGUGUGGUAACCAUGUUACCCAUUCCAGCUGGGAGAAAGUGGAGGAGGAGCUUGGCCAGGCCAGGCACCCAUGUGAAUAGUGCUGAGGUGCAAUCAUUUUCCAUAUCAUUGUGUGCACAACCACCAAUCCAGAACCAUUGGUUCUCUUUGAGAACAUUGUAGCACUGGAUAUUUCCUCUUUCCACUGAAGUCAGAGCUAUACACCUACAAAUUAAGCAUUUCAAAAGAAAAAGCCAUUGUGCAGUGGCAAGAGUUGGAAUCCAAGAUUAUGUAGAUGUGCCAUGAAGGAAGUCGCUGGCCAUUCUCAUUUUCUUUAUUUCAGCCUUAUGAGUAGAAAUCAAAUCAUUCCCAUUCCUGGCUUUUUACUGAGCAGCACUUUGUUCUUCCAGUUCAGCCCAAAGUCUGGCCAAGUUGAUGUUAAAUUUUAAUAAGAAUUUCUUUCUUCUUUCCAAAUGCCAGUCAAGCAUAUUUGUUACGAAUUUGAGUGGGGCAGCUCAUUCUUUUCCUGAAAUCUAGCUUGCUUGCAAUGCAACAAAUAACUGUUUUUAAAAUGUGCUGCAGUUCAGUAAUCAGCUCAUUGCCCCUUUUUAGGAAGGUAUGAUCAUGCCUAAAAUUAAACCAAAUAUGGUAAAGAAAGACACCACCCUUAUGCUCACGUUCUGCCUGAUCCUAACACUGCCUUAUUGUUCUUUUCAGAAAGGAAUCUAAUUAGAGCAGCUUGCAUAGAUCCAGAUAUUAACUAACGAAAUCAACACCAAGUUCAAAUGUGUUACCAACUGUGGCACACAUUACCAUAUAAUUAUAAGAGGAGAUAUUAAAA